UCCAAGCAGUAUUCCGACUACAGCAACAAAAUAAAAUGAAUUCCAGAUACAGAUACCCCGUUUUCCCAGUGACGUCAUGUCCCUUAAAUACCACAGAUUGGAAUUCCUCUGCUAGACGGAGAAACUGUAGUCUUGAUGACGUCAGAAAUCGUUAUCUAUGUGUACCCAAUCAGCAAAAGUCGGUGCUGUUGGAAUUCUGCUACGAUGAAGUUAGACCUAUGGUUCAGAAAGGAAACUGCAUAGAACUAGCCGGGUCUGGAACACUAAACCAGUACAAUUGCAACAUGUUUAAAGCUGAAGCCUGCCCAGAGAAGCCCUAUUUCAGUGAUCUGAUAUAUACACUUUGUAGUCCUGCAAAAGGAUACUCGCUCUUUUAUAAAGAAACAAGACAAUUUGAGGCCGUAAAAGCGGCCGUGGAAAAGAAUAACUGUGUUCUAAUCAUUGGUGAUUCUGGGUGUGGAAAAACGGCAACAAUGAAACACGUUGCUUUUUACCUGGGCAAAGAUGACUAUGUGACACGGGAAAUUUCCACUUUCAAAGAUAUAAGAUUGGAUUUGGGUGUUGACUCAAAAGUUGUAUUUCUUUUGGACAAUGUGUUUGGACUGUUUGGCUUUGAUAUCUCAUUUACGUAUGAUUUAGAAAAUUAUAGAGAUAUCAAAAUAUUGCUUAAAUCGAAACAUUCAAAACUUAUCAUGACCUGCAGAACACUAGUCUACGAGAAAAUGCAGAAAUUCAAUUUUUCGCACGUUGCAAAAAUUAUAGAUUUCUCUGAUAUUUCAAUGAGCCUGAACAUUCCUGAGAAAACUGGUUUCCUUCAGCAUUUAUGCAACCGUUGCCAGGUGGCAGAUGUAGACAAACUUGCAUGUUGCAAAAGUCAGUCUUUCCCCCUUCUUUGUACACUUUUGUCUGAUUUCAAGGAACUACGAGUUCAUUCAUUGGAAUUCUUUGAAAAUCACAAAAAAAUAUUCCUCAAGUACCUUGAUUCUUUGCGAGAAGAAAGACCAGUUUCCUAUUUGUUUCUUAUAUAUUGUGUUUUACAAGGCUCCUGUUUUUAUCCUUUUGACGAUCCAAAAAAUAAUCCGGAAAAACUAACAAUCGUAUCGGACUCAUGCCAAGAAUAUUGUAAAGAAGGGUUUUCUAUCAAAGAUGUUGGUAAAGAAUGUGAACGACUGGUCCAGGAAAGGCUUUGGUUUCUUAGACAUGGGGAAGAUUUUAUCUUUAAGCAUAAUCAUGUCUUCGAAAUGCUUGCUUUCCAUUAUGGAAAAGAUCACCCAAAUGACUUGCUUAAAGGUAUGGGGUGUAAUUAUAUAGCAGAGAAAUGUUUGAUAAAUGAUGGGUUGGAGAAUUUAUACCUUGAGGAGAAGCUUUGCUUUUCAGUGAAAAGAGAGAGUCUGAAGGAAAGAAUUUUCGCUGACAUUAGAAACAUGAAAUAUCUAGAAGUAUUUACAAAUAACUGUUGGGAAGAUAAAUCUUUCUGUGAAAUGUUUUGCAGUUCUAUUCAAGACAUGGUACUGUCUGAUUUUGAGACAAUGUUUCUUUCCCCGCGGCAUAUAAAUCGCCGUGAUUAUCGAAUCGAAAGAUCCGCCAAAAAAGCAAAGUAUUAUGUGUCUUUGAAAAGUAAUGAUUAUGAAUGGUUUCGUGAGAAACUUUUGGAAGAUCGAACAGAAAAUGUUAGCGAGGACAAAAUUUUUUACGAAGGAAAUGCUAAAGCCGUGAGCUGGGUGAUUGGAUACGGGAAAGGGGGUCUUUUUGAAGAGAUAGACAAUAAAGCGGAAAACAGCAAAUAUUGGAUAGGACAUAAGCCUUCAAGGGACAAUGUCGAGCAAAUAAGAUUGUUGCUUCUUGCAAUCUUCAGUAAAGACUUCAAAUGUUUUGAGAUCAUCCUUAAAAGCAUUAAUAUUGAAAACAUCAAUAAUACUUGUUUCUCCUGUACUGAAAUCGAAGAUGAAGGUACAGAAUGCUUAAACAUGCAUAAAAAGUUUACCCCACUAACGGCUUCUUGCUAUAUGGGGUUUUCUAGCGCAAUUAAGAAACUUGUCGAAAGGGGUGUUGAUGUCAAUAAGAAAGACGAAAACGAAAGUACACCGUUAGUUUUGGCGUGCCGAUUCGGGGUUUCUUCUGACGUUGAAUAUUUAAUUGACAAAGCCGCUUCUCUGAAUUGUACGUCGUCAAAAUCCCCACUCAUCGCUGCAGUAAUGAGCACAAAUGUCGAAACUGUUGAGUUUCUUCUACAAAACAAUGUAAAAGUCAACACAGGCAAUAUAAAGAAGAAAACUGCUCUCUAUUAUGCAGCAAAACAAGGUUCUUUAGACAUAGUGAAGCUAUUAGUUGAACGCCGUGCUGAAGUAAACAAAACUGACGAAGAUGGAAAGUCUCCAUUGUACUGGGUUGCUCAAAAGGGCUAUUUAGAUAUAGCACGUUACUUACUAGACCGUGGCGCAGAAUGUGAUCAAAGUGACAAAAAGGAAAAGUCUCCACUAUAUUGCGCGGCUAAGCGGGGAUAUCUAGAAAUAGUUGAGCUGCUUGUCGGAAAAAAAGCUGACGUAAAUAAGCCAACCACAAAGAACAGAACAGCGCUUUACAGAGCAUCAAAAAGAGGAUAUUAUGAAAUAUGUAAAUUUUUGAUAGAUAACUUGGCUAAUGUGAAUAAAACUGACAGAAAAGGGUAUUCUUCUUUGUACUGGGCAUCUAAGAAAGGCCAUCAAACUAUAGUGAGGUUGCUAUUGGAAAACAAUGCUUUUGUUAACAGUCAGACUGACGGUGGGAAAACUGCUCUAUACUGGGCAGCACAGAAGGGCAGAUUAGAUAUAGCCAUCUGUCUGAAAGAAAGAGGAGCCGACGUAAAUCUGAAGGAUAAAGAUAAUAAAUCUCCGUUAUAUUGUGCUUCAAAGCGAGGACAUACAAAAAUGGUGGAAUAUCUUAUUAGUAGUGGUGCCGUUGUUAACACAAGCACUACAAACUCCAAAUCUGCAUUAUUUCGUGCAUCAAAGAGGAAUCACGUGCAAGUUGUUCAAUUACUUUUAGCGAAAGGAGCGGAUGUUAACCUUUCCAACAAACAAAGUGAGUCGCCACUUUACUGGGCAGCAAAACGAGGACAUUUUGAAGUUGUAUGCUUAUUGUUAGAAGCCAAAGCAGACGUUAAUAUAUCCUGUGAGCUGCAGCAGACAGCUUUAUACUGGGCUUCUCAAGGGGGGUACUUGAAUAUUGUUAAAAGUCUAGUUAGUUAUAGUGCGUUUGUUAACCAAGUGGCUGACCGUGGUAAAACACCGCUAUAUUGUGCAGCAAAACGUGGCUUUUUUGAAAUUGUAAAGUUUCUUGUGGAGAAUGGGGCCGAUGUAAAUUCCAGGAACAUAAAGAAUCAAUCUGCCUUGUUUCGAGCUUCUAAAAGAAACCAUGUAAACGUUGCAAAAUGCCUAAUUCGUAAGAAAGCUGACGUCAAUAUGCAAGAUAAAUAUGGGGAAACACCCCUCCACUGGGCAGCUGCAAAUGGUCACACUGAUAUAGUGAAAUUAUUAUGUGAAAAUGGAAGCGAUAUUAACGUCUCAAAUAAAAAGAAAUGGACACCAAUUCAUUGUGCUGCGAAAAAUGGCCACAUGGAAAUCUACAAGUAUUUAUUAAGUAAAGGUGCUGAUCCCGAGCUUCCUGAUAAAUAUGGUGUCUCUGCAUUAGACAUGGUAAAAGGGGUUGGACUUAAUAAUACUGAUGUCCUUGAAGAGACAUAGUCUUUCAUUUUAUGGUAUUUGUGUCAUGAAUCGAAAGAGAUAUUAAACAUAUGAGCAAAGCGAAGUUUUGAGAAGCUCAACUGCAGUGCAAAGGAAGCAAACAGUGCAAAAUAUAAGUGCCGGAGAGAAGAUUGUAUCUAUCGUACCGUUGUUAUCGUCUAUGUCAACGUCACUUGACUAUUCAUAGCGUAAAACUCGAAAAUAACACUGCAUUGGAGCAUAUAUGUUCUGAUAUCUUUUUCGAGAUUCUAAAAAACUACUCGGUCUACCUACAUUCUAUUUCCUUGGACUUGAGACCAUGAUAACUUGUUCGUGUUUUCUGCGCAAUGAGGAGGAAGGAAUGACUCCAUUGUUUUCAUUUUGGUCCAGACAAUAAUUAUAUUACUGUUCAUAAAGUGGAUGAUUUUAGAUUCUAAAACCUGUAAUUUCAUAGACCCUAUAAUGUAAAUUGUUCUUAUUCUAAAUGAACAGAAUUUGCAUGGGCCAUGACAAAUUCUCUCUCUCUUUUUUUUCUUCAAUUUUCCAAUUUUGCGUCAAGAGUGCCUCUUUAAGUAACCAUUUCUCUUCAUGUAAAUGUAAAUAAUUCCAAUCUUAAUUUUAUUUAUUGAUUUCCUGUGUUUUGAUUGGACGAGAACAAAUUCAAGAAAGAGUUUACACAUCGAUAAAUUCUCAAUCAGAGCUACUUUCUUGACCCAGCCUGGCUUUUAUUGUAAAAAAAAAUGAAACAAAGCGUUACUUCUGUUCUGUGUUUUAGCUAAACAAUUACAGAAACUUCAAAUUAAAUAAAAACAAAACUGACGAAAUACAGGACUGACAGAUGGGAAUAUUAUGUUUAUGUCACUGUCAGAUCACGAGUGUGAAUUUUAAAUCUCUGAAGUCAUAUUCUCGACGUUCCUAACAGGCCUACAAAACAAAUCAGCUCAGUUUUCGAUGGCGCUGUGAUAGGAAAGAGAAACCGUUACGUACCUUAGACUCUUGCCUUAUUAGCAUCAAAUUCAUUUUUCUACAUCCUAUAUUCUGUCCCGUCUUUGAACAAACCAGAGCAAAUCAAGGUUGUCGUCGGUCUGCUACUUUCGUUUCAGAGCGUCUGUCGUUAUAUUGUCAACAUGGUCAAGGACGAAUUCUUUUGAAGUCUACUUGUAUUUACGAUAUUUGUUGACUUAAACAAUAUUCGAAGAGUUUUUAUAAGCUUAUUUUAUAAAUGUUUUGACAAUUAAAGUUGAACUUUAUCGACGUUCAUCUCGAUUGCAAUUCAUUUCCACAUCGCGGCAUAAAGUAUUCCUACGCUGUACAGAAAUAACAGAUUGUAUGGAGGCUUCAAAGAGAAAUAAUUUUAAAACUUCGUUAUUGGAAUUAUAAGAAUUAAACGUUCU